CAGACCUGACGCUAAUUAGCAUAAGAGAAAACUUUUUAAAGCGGAUGAACAUCACAGGGUAAGCUACUCACUUGCUGAAGCUUUGGACAGCGAACGUUUGCAGAAUGGAACUCUUGACCCCUGUAUGUCUGGCUUUACUUGUGACCUUCACCCUGGCAAAGUCCUUGGACAAAAGAGCAGCCGGAUGUAACGUCAACGGCCUGAGUGUUGCUGACGGCGCCACUUUCACCUACCCAGGGGGCUCUAAGUGUAUCACCUACAAAUGUAACAACGGAGGCUACGCCCCUACCACAACUGCCUGUGAGUUCAAAGGUCAGUGCUACGCCAUCAACAGCAAGUUCAAUGACGGCUGUUUCACGUACGGCUGUCAGGCUGUCACGGAAAAUGGCAGCACCAUCUUGAAAACUGACAUCGUCACGUCACGCUGUAAGGACAGCAAAGGCGUCUGUCGGAACAACGGUGAAGUCUUCCCGGAAGUUUUCGGCGGCCAGACGUUCCAAUGUACCUGCACCGUCAUUGGACGAUCCACCAGCACUUCAUGCAAAUGAGGUCACGGAGCAGACGAGAGCUCACAGUUGUGAUGUCAUCAAUGAGCAGACGUCACGCAGUUCGCAGAUCUGACAGUUUAGUUUUGUUAGAGCUGUACGGAACGGAAAUAAAAACCUCAAA